GCAACUUCUAGUCGUACGUCGUAACUCUGUUCGUUCGCACAUCCAGUUGAAAAAUAUGGCAGCGUUUAUGAGGCAUGGCGUUUUCAAAACAGGGCAACUUGUAUCACCUAAAAACGUCCUUACAAGAACUUAUGCCACGAAAGCUGAGAAAAGGAAAGGAAUCGACAGAAAAGUAGGCCCAAAAAUAGACCCCAGAGCACAAUCCUUGGCCGCUAAAGGAUUUUUACGAGCUCAAAAGGAAUACACUCCACCGGCAGAUGUCCAAUCUAAGCUCGAAAAUAUUUUCAAAUCGGUACUAGGAUCAACUACUAAUGAAACAAAACUAGAUGACAUUCAAAAUAAAUUUAAAGUGUUAAUAGCGUGUGAGGCUGAAUUUAAUCACAGUGUUCCAAAUUCUCUAUUGCAUACGAUGGAGACCUUACAAGAUGUAAGGAAUUUUUAUAAUACUCCUAUAGAUGUUCGGACACCUUUAGAUAAGAUGAGGAAUAUGGAGCUACCUGAAAAUUUACACAUUCAGUAUGAUUAUCAUCGAUUUCAUCCAGACACUGAUACUGUAUUUGGUGGAAAGACGGCAUUCAACCAAAGUAAUACAAUUGUAACAGGCCUAAAAUACAAAGGAAAAUAUCCUGGAUAUAUACAAAAUCAAAAGAUACCUAUUUAAAUAAUGUAAUUUUUCUAAAUAAAAAAUAUAGUCGA